AUGAUUCACCGGUUGAAUGCUCCCUCCAUUGAGAUAAAAGGAACCGUCCAGAGAGGCACGAAAAGGGCUGCUGCGAACGUUUUGAUAGACUCCGGUGCGACGGGUCUAGUCAUCAAUCAGCAAUUUGUGUUGAAAAACGCAAUAUGGUUUGAUCGCGUUGAUAAACCAUUCAAGAUGCAAGGAUUUAACGAAGCGACGUAUGUCUGCAAAUACAAGACGGACCUCAUCCUGGAAAUAGAUGACGGUCAAGGCAACAUACACAAGGAGAAGAACAGAUUCUACGUCGGGGAUAUCGGGAAUACCGACGUAGUCUUAGGAACGGACUGGCUGAUUGAACAUAACCCCGAAAUUGAUUGGAAACGGUACACCAUCAAGAUGACG